AUGGCAGACGUCGCACCUGCCGCCGCCGCACCGGCCGCCGCCGCACCGGCCAAGGCACCCAAGAAGAAGGCAGCGGCCAAGCCCAAGAAAGCGGGACCCAGCGUGGGCGAGCUCAUCGUCAAGGCGGUGUCCGCCUCCAAGGAGAGGAGCGACGUGUUCCUGGCCGCGCUCAAGAAGAGUCUGGCGGCAGGCGGCUACGAAGUGGAAAAGAGCAACUCCCGUGUCAAGAUCGCCGUCAAGAGCCUCGUCACCAAGGGCACCCUGGUCCAGACCAAGGGCACCGGUGCCUCCGGCUCCUUCAAGCUCAACAAGAAAGACGUCGAGGCAAAGAAGCCCGCCAAGAAAGCCGCAGCCCCCAAAGCAAAGAAGGUGGUCGCCAAGAAGCCCGUCGCGGCGAAGAAGCCCAAGAAGGUAGCAGCCAAGAAGGCCGUCGCAGCAAAGAAGUCCCCCAAGAAGGGCAAGAAGCCCGCUACACCCAAAAAGGUCGCCAAGAGCCCCAAGAAGGCUACCAAGGCAGCGAAGCCCAAAGCCGCCAAGCCCAAGGCAGCCAWGGCCAAGAAGGCAGCCCCCAAGAAGAAGUAAACCUAUUCCAAACGGUGUUCGACUCGACACAUGUUGUUACCACAAAAGGCUCUUUUAAGAGCCACCCACCUCUUUCCAUAAAAGUGCAUGUCAUUC